GAGGCGGUCAAGUGGGUCGUCUGACAGAGACCUACUCACGCGAAGGGAUGGAAAUCACCACUUCAGCCUUUCUGCUGUGCACCCUCGUCGUCCACUUUCUGACGGAGUUUUGUCGUGGUUUACCCGUGCAGCCAGCAGAGCCCAUGCCCAGGUCACGCACGCCACGCCAGGUAGACUUUACAAGUACCUACACGCACCUGGGCUCCAAUAACAGGACCAAGCAGCUGUACUGUCGGACAGGCUACCACUUACAACUUUUUAGCAACGGCGCCAUCGGGGGCACCUCGCAGGAUGGCAACGCCUACGCUGUUGUCCACAUUCUCACGGUGGAGGUGGGCGUGGCCGGGAUAUGGGGCGUGGAGGCCUCCAGAUAUCUGUGUAUGGACAACAGAGGAAACUUAUACGGAUCGCCAAACUUCACAACAGACUGCGAGUUCCUAGAGAGAAUACAAGACAACGGGUACAACACAUACCAGGCAAGGACUCGCCGAGGCAGGGACAACCGACGCUGGUACGUUGGGUUGGACAGACAGGGACAGCCCCGGAGGGGCAGCAGGGUCAGGAGGACUCACAUAUCAAGCCAAUUCUUACCGAGACAAAUCGAGUGAUAAUCCGUGUGUGCGCUGAGUUUUAAACAUGACUUCUGGGCUAAGCUUUUAUUGUUUAGCAAAGCACACGAGGCUGUUUGAAAACCUUGCCUCCGAAUCUGGCUACAAGCUUACAAAACCUGUUCCCGAGGAACUCCUGAAAACGGUUGUUACUGAUCCUGGGAAGGAGAGCUUCAAGGUCAAGAUGGACGACAGGUGCGGAAACAGGUGUGACGCACUUCCGGUACGACGAGAGGGGAUCUGCUGGUCAGAAAGACGUCGAGAGACGUAAGCCAAUAUGGACUUCUACGCCUCUACCGAGCGUCAGAGGCGGUUCUAUCUAAGACAAUGUGACAUUCAAGAGUAAUCCGACGAUCGGCAGUGACGGACAAUUCUUCUCGUGAAGAAACUGUGACAAGUCAAGUUACAGACGUCUUACAAGGACCUCUCUGUACUGACAAUCUCGCAAAACUGUGCCUUAAUUAUUGCUCACUUAAAGCACUUAUUGCUCACUUCUUCAUUUUGUCUGAAAAUCUCUAAUCAACAUCUGCUUGCACAACGACCAGACGAUCAAAAAUUGAAUUAUCCUUGAGAUAUUUCACCAGAUAUCAACAUUAAUACGAUAAAUUUUAUGAAAUUCUUACAGAUAAGUGAUAAUGGCCUAUUUAUUUAUUGACUCAUGUAAACCUCGAGCCGAUAGUAUUUAUCUCAGAACGCCAAUAUGUGUGUAUUGUGACGAUGUGUACAAGAACACGACAUGGGUGAUACUGGAAUCAAGACGAUCUGGGCAAACCAUUGAAGGGUACAC